AUGUCCUCGACUCAAAUUCCCGCCACACUUUCGAUGCUGCCUGAAGAACUCCUGGAACGGAUCCUCGACGACUGUAUCACAAGUCUCCUCACGGCCUCACAUUCGUCCUCCUCCUUGACCACCUCCCCUUUCCCGUCACCCUCCUCCAGCCCCUCGGUCAGCCCUGCCAACUCCAAACGCAGCUCACCGUCCAACUCGAGAUACGCAACGCCAGCUGACACUCCCGCGGCGUCUCCUACUCGAUCACGACCACCUUCGCCAGGACUUCCAGCGCCUUCAGAUAGCCAUGCUCCCUGUCAGCCACCUGCACCAACCUCGACUCGGACAGCCACGUCGACGCCGUCACCGAGUACAAGUAGCGUCCUUAACCCUGUGCUUAUCUCGCGACUCUUCCAUCGAAUUGGCGCACCUCUUCUCCAUCGCUCCAUCACUCUUUCAUCACGAUCAAAGACGCAGAAGCUAUUGGACGGUAGCUUACGCCACCACCCUGAGCGGGCCCGGUGGAUCCGCUGGCUCGUUAUUGCGGGGAUUUGGGAAGGAGCUGGGGAGGUUCUGAAAAUCGUGGCUGCUGUGAAUUCUGGUGAGAGCCCGUUCCACUUUCUCUAUGGGAAAGGGAAGGGCAAAGAAUGGACGGAGGACGACGACCGCUGGUCGACUGUGGGCCUGCAGACGUUGGAGAUCACGAUCGACGUACCACCUUUCAUUCCUCAACAGUCACAGCUGCCACAUCAAGCCCAGCAAGCUCUUAGGCGAUCGACUACUCAUCCCGGUCACACUAGCACUCCCAGCCAGCGUGCAGCUACUGCACAAGAUCCUGAUGCGGAGGAAUUUUGUGCUGGCCUUGCGGCGCUGGGUGACGUACGGGGAGAGGGCUUGAAGCAUCUCGUGGUGCGAAAACCGCAGAAUGUGUAUCUUACCCACCAGCGGGCCAAGAUGGUAUUCAGUGCGCUGGCGAAGCUUGUCGGAGGUUCCGCAGGGCUGGAAUCGGCUCACGUCGCUUUCCGGCUGAGCGACGACCCCGUUCCGCCUGGCUCUCGACGAACACCAGGCGCACCGCCGAGCCACCCUCAUGGGCCUAUCGCGUUGUUCACAGAAGCAUUGUCACGUUGUCCUUCCCUCCACACCUUCACAACUCACCUUCCAUCAGUAUGGAAUGAAGCCAUCCUCCGAGUCAGCGUCAAUGAGGGUUUAGACCGGAUAGUCCUUUUGGGAACAGGAGGGAAGCCUGUGACCAUUGGCGAUGAUAACCUCUCGCAGCAGCACGCUGUCCCACCUCUCCCGCGGACGCCGCCCCUGGCGCCUUCUACGGCCUCUCUUCCUGCGCAUCCUGUGGAGAGGGUGUAUGCUGCUAGUGCAAGGCCCUGUGAUGGGUUUGCGAUCGGCGUCACGAGGUUCCCUACCGUCCUUCCUCCGAGAUCGUUCCCUACUAGAGGCACUGGUCUGUUCAUCACAGAGGCAAGAAAGCAUGAACGGUUGUGUUCGCUCAUCCGAGCAGGGGCUAUGGAAGGAGAGGAGCGGGAAGAUCGGCACCGGGAAGAGAUGGUCCGUGGUAUGGUUGCUCAAAAUAUGUCGCCUAAUACGUCCAGUGUUCCGCUUCUCGCCAUCCCCACACCUACCUCUUUGGGGAGACCGUCGGUGCCUCGCGUGAAUGGGCCGCAGUCGAAUUCUUCGUCGCAGGGCCUUCAUGCCACCAUCUCUUCCUGGAUAUCGUCAACGUUGUUGUAG